UCUUCAUGAGAAUGCAGAAACGUCGAUGAAAUAGAGACGCUGAAGAGUAUUGUUAUACAAUUUGAAGUAAGCCGUUAAAGUGGAUUAACGGAAUGGCAAUUUGCAUAGUGUUGGUACACAACGACUUAUUGAAAAAAUAGCAUUGUAAAAAUAGCCCAUACACAGACACGAAAGGUACAGUUUACAAACUAGAUCUAUGAUAAAGAAGGGAUAUAUGGAUGGUGCUAAUCCUUUUAAAGAAAAUUGCAUUCACGUCAGGAGUCGCCAGUAUUUUUCAUGCAGUCGUCACUAUGAAGUACGUGUGGCAAGUGUUACUGCUAUUUUACGCAAGUUUGCCAUGCACCGUGCAAGAACGAGAAAAUUUAAAAAUAACAUAUCGACUGAGCAAUAUUUUGAAGAAUAUUAUUAAAGAUGUAAAUCCUUAUCGAAUGGCUUUCUUAUCUCAUGAACUGGAACGGUCUGAUGCGGUUCGGGAAAUUAACGAACUGUCAAAAGCUAUUUUUAAAUCAGUGCCAUUUUACAUCCUCAGCAUUGCUAAAAAUCAGAAUGACAAAAUCAAUUAUACUCAACCGAUACUUUCUAAGGAUAAUAUGGUCAAAAUGAACUUCAUUGUGGGUCUUUAUGAAGCACGAAAUUCCUCUCAGAUUUUAAAGGAUCUCACCUUGAUAGACUUGUCACGAAAGAUAUCAGAUAAUACUCAAAAACCCAAAUGCUUGCUGAUCAUAUUUCUACAAUCUGAAAGCGACAGUCUUGAGCCUCUGAUGGGACUCAUGUGGAAUAAGAAAUUAUUUGAUGUAACAAUUUUGGAAGUGGUUAUUCGAAAAAUUCAUGGGGGUGGGAUUGCUCAAACUUCUGAAGUGAAUAAGAUGAUUGUUCAUCAAUACAAUGAGUUUGUGCAGAGCUAUACAAAGCGUUUGUAUUCUCCAGACGUGACGUGGUUCCCAGAGAAGCUUCGCAAUAUUCAAAAAAGUAAAAUUACAGUGGAAGCCGUAAUUGUACCUUGGAAUAAAUCUGUUAGAUUAAAUAGAAAAUGCAAGUUAUCCGGUCGAGAUGGUUACAUAUUCAAAACCUUUUUUCAAUUUAUUAAUGCCAGUGCGGUCAUACGUCAAUGUGAAAAUAUAACUAACAAAUAUCAUAACCACAAAAAAUAUAGGAGUAGAAUUCGCGUUGCAGAAGGAAAGAGUGAACUCUUGAUAAACCAUGUGAUGUAUCUUAACCGCGAACAGUUAAAAGGUAUUCAAAACAGUAUAUUUGUGGAGUCAGAAAAAUAUUGUGCUUUAGUGCCACUGUAUACGAACGUUGAAGUUAAAGUAUCUCAUCACGUAAUCAUUUCAUUACUGUGGACUUUUGCAAUUGUAAUAAUUUCAUGGAUUUUGUCGAUCGUAUUUAAAUUUCCAAACCGUAUAUGGAAUCCAGCUAACGUAUUUAUCAUACUCUGCGGAAUGCCAGUGUCAAGAAAACCAUAUGUAUUGAAAGAAAGAAUUGCGUUUGGCAUUGUUAUAUUAAUAUCCAUUAGUUAUUCGUCAGUGGCUUACUCAAUCUUGACAGAAACAUUUACUAUUAACAGCAAGCCGAUACACAUUCGGUCCUUUGACGAGCUGGAUAAAUCCGGUCUUAUUCCGGUUGUGAACAGGAAUCUUUAUAAUAAUGUAUUUAAAAUUGCUACUGGGCCGCUUUUGAACUUGAAGAACAAGGCAAUUAUUUACGAUAACCUAACUCAAUGCAUCGUUGAUAUGGUAACAUACAGAAAUACAACGUGUCUAAUGUGGUUUAAGGAGGCUGAAGUGACGGUGCAUAAAAUCAAUAAUUAUUUGAAAAAUGUUCAAGACGAUGAAUUACGAUUCGAAAUUAUGCAACCCUGCUUUUGGCUAACACUGCAGACAUAUGUAUUCCAUAAGAACUCGCCUUACGUCGAUAAAUUCAACAAGUUUUUACGUCACUUACUGGAAGGAGGAUUGACGAAGAAGUGGCGUGAUAACGAAGUCGAGGCGGAUGCUAGCCAUUUUUACAAAAUGGAAAAGCAGAAGAAAUUUGAAAAUCGAGAGCAACAACGCAAGUUUAUAUGGGACCUCUGCGUGGUCCUUGGUUGCGGCCAUUUAAUAGCCUUCAUUGUGUUUCUGUUGGAAAUUAUUGUAGCAAAAAUUACUUCUAAAAGGAGUUCAAAUGUGCACAACGUCAGAUUCUCCCAACAAAGUAAUGUUCUACGUGGCCGAAAAGCCUCUGCUCUUCCAAGGAUGCGACGUGGGUCUCUGCGAUUGGGAGUAUCUAAAAAAUAAAUUGGGCAAAGAAGCUUUUGAAUGCAGCCUAGAUUUCUGUUGGGAUGGAAGUGGAGCCACGUCACUGAUAAACGGAAGUCUUGGAAUACUUCUGUUUCCUGCACUCACGUUAUUAUUUCUUGGACGUUAAAAACCACUGUAUGUUAUGACCAAUUAAUCAUCACCGGAAGUAGUUAUAUUUUAUAGAUAUAUUGACAUAGGAUUUAUUGAGGUGUUCCACACGCAUGUUAUUCUACUUGAGAGUUUGUACACUGCUCAGUCGACUGUUGUACGGCUGCGUGUCUCAGUUUAGAUUUUGAAAAUCAAAAUAACUUUCUCCGCAAUUCUGAACUGACGUCGGAGCACUCAUUAAAUAUAUCCUGGAUAUCGUGUGCUUGUGCAUUCACCUUGAAUACGGAAUGGUAAAUAAUAUAUAGCCAUUAGUGCAGCAGUAGGCAAAAAUACGAUCUACAGGUACUUCACUGUAGUUUAGUGAGUCUCAGGCAUAUUUUUAAUAUAAAAUUGCAACACAGUGCAAAUCUAACAAAUGAUAAUUAUCCUUGAAAAUCUUCAAUAAAUAAUACGUGAAGGGUUUUCAAUAAGAUUAUAGAUAUACAUAUUGUAUGUGUGCAAAGUUCAAUUGUAUUAUACUCUAUUAUAGCAAAGAAUCACGUUCGUUGAAUUUGACUAGAGUCGUUCGUGUGUCAAGUGAUAUUAAAUGCACGGCGUGUUACAAACAGGAUAAUUAGUAACAAUCAAUAAGUGUGAUUUAUCACUACUCCGUCCCGAAAGUGCAACCUUCCAAGAUUGAGAAAAGUGUUGUAUCAGUUCAAAUCACCAUCAAAGUUUCUUGUGUUAAUAAAAGAACAUUAGUGUUACUUC